GUUCGAUAAGAAUUCACGAAUUUUGGUCAGUCGUCAGAGAACUCUCGUGAUUAGCAUUGUGAAAUGUGAUUGAAUUUCUCACCUUUUUUUUCGACCAAGAAAGUGUCUUCAGAGUGUUCUCGAAGUCAGAAUGUCGUUCUUCAUCUGGAUUACGAUUGUCGUCACGACGCUGAUAGUCAUUUGGUUCAUUUUGUACGCUCACAGAGUGCACACAGCCAGGAGAAGGGCACAGACGCUUCCGCCGGGAACGAGAGUCGUGCGGGCGAACAACAACACGGUCAUCUACACCAUUCCCACGACGCAGCAACUGGCCACGACUUAUCCCACCUUGAGUCAGAAUUAUCACACGAACGGAGCGCCCCAGAACGGGGCGACUCUUCCUCCGGCUUACGAUUUGCCGCCAACUUACGAUCAGGUCGUGAUUUUGCCGCCCUCGAGCGCCGAAACCACCGUCACGACGACCACAACGACGCAAGUGCGCAGCUGAAGAGCCGCCAAAGUCCAGCCGAAGGAGGAAGCGAAGGAUC